ACGACCAUUCCCGGGUUGUUUUAAGAACUGACGCCUCGCAAGACGGAGACUACAUCAAUGCAAAUUAUAUCGAGAAUGCUAUUGGUCAACGAUCCUACAUUGCAACUCAAGGUCCGAAACCAAAGACAAUCGGUGACUUCUGGAAGAUGGUGUGGCAGGAGGACGUAUUCGUCAUUGUCUGUUUGACGAACCUUAAAGAAGGGGGAAAGAAUAAAUGUGCUCAAUAUUGGCCAGCUAUAUACGAUAAAAUCCAAACAGGAUACAUCACCAUAAGAAACCUGGAAGAGAGAAUAUAUGCGAAUUAUACAAUACGGCGAUUUAAAGCACAAAGCAAUUUGGAGCGAAAAGAUCGUGAGAUACUGAUGUUCCAUUACACAAGAUGGCCAGACCACGGAGUUCCUGAUCCUCUAAAUCUUGUUGUAUUUCAUCGCCAGGUGUUGAAAAAAGCCCUGCUAAACAAAGGAAAAUACACAUUAGUACAUUGCAGUGCUGGAAUCGGGAGAACUGGAACUUACAUAGCUUUGGACGCCCUCUACCGGGAAGGGGAGAGAAAUGGUAAAAUUAAUGUUCCGAUGUACGUCAGGACCAUGAGAAAAGACAGAAUGAACAUGAUACAAGGCGAUGACCAAUAUAAAGCAGUUUAUCUUGCUCUAUGUGAAUCAUUCAAUGGAAAGUCCAGAUGUCAAACAACAGAGUCCUUUUUACAAGAGCUUCAAAAACAGUCUUGUUACACAAACUGUGGAGAAGUUGCCGGGAAAUCAUCCUUGUCGUCCGAAUUUCAGGAAUUACUGUCUCUGCGUAAAGAAUAUACAGAAAAGGACUAUGACUCAGGAAGAAAAUACCUGACUGCAAACUACACGGAAGAAGUCCUUCCAGUGGAAGAAUUUCUGUGCUAUCUGUCCUAUACAAAGGGACGCAACAACUACUACAACGCUGUUUUUCUUCAGUCCCUCACAGAGAACGACAGUCUGAUCAGCGCCCAGUACCCACUUCCUGACUUCACUGAAGAGUUCCUCAGACUUAUCAGAGACUUUGAUGCUCGUGUUGUGGUUUUCCUUGGUCCUUUGAAGGAAAUAAAAUCUUCAUCACAAUGGCUUCCAUCUAAAUCUGAACACAAAACCGUUGGAAGUUUCUCAAUCAAAAUGUCUUCUGCAGCAAGCUCCACAAAUUUUACGUCAAGAAAUAUAAUUCUACAGUCAGAAGGACCUAAAACCAUGUCAACCACAGUUCUAGAAUGUAAGGCCUGGAAGGAAAACAGGAUGAUAAAUGACAAAAGAGCCUUACUGGAACUUGUAAAGGAAACAAAGGCUGAAAAAAUCAAAAACAAGGAAGGGAAAAUUCUUAUUCUAUCAAGUGAUGGAGCCACACGUUGUGGAGCAUUCUGUGUGGUCUAUAACGCUCUAGAACAACUCUCAAUGGAUCAGGAAGUGGAUAUCUUCACCAUCACACGACAACUUCAGAUCCGUAGACCGGAGUUUGUGUCUACCUUGGAGGAAUAUCAGCUUUGUCACGAGGUAGUGGCAGGAUUCAUUCAAAAUGAUAGUGUUUAUGCGAAUUUCUGAACGAAAAAAAAAUCGUGUGAUCUUCUCAGUGACAGAUGGAUUUGAUCACUGUUGAUAUGCAAUUGCUAACUUUUGUCCUUGUGAUUUGUUUUUAAACUAUUCCUAUACUAAAAGAAAGAUGAGAACUUGAAAACAACAGCCGUGUAACAAGAUCUACAAUGAAUAGCAGAACGUGUUUAUAUUUUGUUACAUUCUUUUGUUUUGCAUUUAAAUAUCCUUUUUGUUUGUUCUUUUAUUGCUUAUCAUUUUUAUUUAUUUAAUCUAUUAUUCAAUUUAAUGUGAUUUUAGUUAUAAAACGAAAAAAUACUUGCACAUUCAUUUCAUACAUGUAUGAAUCUACGUUUAUAAAUCAAAUGCCAUCAAUUUAAACAACAAAAAAUGAAAAACAAUACAUAGUUUCACAUACAUGCUAAUUGCAAACGCUUCAAUUGA